AUGCGUCGCGUCUAUCAACGGCUCUGCCGGGAUGCUCUCAGCCAAAGCACCUCCUCAGGCCGCGCAGCUUUCGCCGCGGCUAUCAUUACUCUCUCCGCUGCCCGUGGCAACUACAGCGGCGGUAAUAAACUCUCUUCUUCGGCCCUGAUCACUUCCAUGCGGUUUUGCUCCACCUCGAGUGACUCAGCGUCGAAAAAGCCGGCCGACAUCACCGACGAAGACGUUGUCAUUGAUCCAUCGCCUGUGGGAAAUGAUAGGUCCACUGGCGUUGAUGGGGCUUCCGCAGCGUCGACGAAGCCUAACGAAGAUACCGAGCACGUAGUUGGGGAAUCGGAGGUAAUGGGAUUCAAGACUGAGACACGGCAACUGCUGGAUAUUGUUGCCUGCAGUUUGUACACUGAGAAGGAGGUGUUCAUUCGGGAGUUGGUGUCAAACGCCAGUGAUGCUCUGGAGAAGCGCCAUUUGUUGGAGAUCAGCAAGCCGGAGGAGUACCCGCGUGAUGAGACCGAUGAAGCCCCCCUCAUUGCUAUUUCCUGCAACCAGAGCAAGAGUCGUUUUGUGAUUCGCGACACAGGUGUCGGUAUGACGAAGGAGGAACUUGCAGAGAACCUUGGUACUAUCGCGGGUUCUGGAUCCAAGGAAUUUGUGCGCCAGCUGCAGAACGCUGCUUCCGGUGUUCAGGCGGCCGAAAAGAUCAUUGGUCAAUUUGGCGUUGGCUUCUACGCCUCUUUUAUGGUGGCGAAGCAUGUCAAGGUCUACAGCCGUAGUGCGAAGAAGGGCAGCAAGGGCUAUCUGUGGGAGUCGGAUGGCACAGGCACCUUCACGAUCGCUGAGUGCGAGGGGGUGGAGAAGGGGACGAAGAUUGUUCUCGACAUUAAGGACACGGAGCUCUCCUUUUGCACCCCUCAGGUGUGCGAACGAGUUCUGAAAAAGUACAGCAACUUUGUUUCGUAUGAGAUCACGCUUAACGGGGGGAAGGUGAAUACGGUGGAGGCGCUUUGGAUGAAGGAGAGAAACUCCAUCUCCAAUGAAGAGCAUAUCGAUUUCUACAAAUUCAUCUCGGGUGCGUACGACAGCCCCAUGUUUCGUCUGCACUAUGCCGUCGAUGCCCCCCUUUCCAUCCGCGCCUUACUGUACGUUCCACAGUCUCACACUGAGAAGUACGGUGGUGGUCGUAUGGAGAGCGGCGUCAACCUUUACAGCCGUCGGGUGCUCAUUCAAUCCAAGGCAAAGGGGCUACUUCCGGAGUGGCUGCGCUUUAUUAAGGGUGCGGUGGACUCCGAGUCCAUUCCCCUCAACGUCUCGCGUGAGCACACGCAGGAUGGAAGCAUGAUGCGGCGUUUGUCGACGGUGCUCACCAAGCGCAUCAUUCGUUGGUUGGGGGAGGAGGCGAAGCAGGAUCGACAAAAGUAUGAGCGCUUCAUUCAGGAGUAUGGGCCCUUCCUAAAGGAGGGCGUCUGCACAGAUCAGGUGCAUAAGAUGGAGUUGGCAAAGCUGUUGCGCUUUGAAACUACAAAAUCAGACAUCGAUUACCCUCUUGUCUCCCUUGACGAGUACCGGGAUCGCAUGUUGGCAAAUCAGACCCACAUUUACUACAUCAACGCCCCCACGAAGGAAAUGGCACUGCAGUCGCCGUACUAUGAGCAGUACAAGGAGCACGAGCUCGAGGUGCUCAUCUGCACUGAGCCCAUUGAUGACUUUGUGAUGCAGCACUUGGACACCUACGCAAAACACAAGCUCCAAAACAUUGAGAUGUUCGACGCCUCCCUUGACGGAAGUGUGCAGCACAAGAAGAAGCUGGAAGGCGACAAGGAAGACGUGAAGGUUGAGAAGCAGUUGACGGAGGCGCAGGUCAAGGCGCUAAGCGACUUCAUUGCAAAACGUCUUGUUGGUCGUGUAGGCGUUGUGAAGUCUACAACCCGUCUGCGUGACAGUCCUGCCGUCAUUGCGGAUCACGAGUCGGCACAGAUGAGGAAGAUUUACCGCGUCACUGGACAGAUGGCGGGUCCUCCUCCGAAGUACAACCUCCAAUUCAACCCGAAGCAUCCCGUCGUGCGGAAGUUGUACACGCUGUCCAUCUCGCCCGCCGCGGAGGAGGUGGAGACGGCUGGGCUGCUUGUGGAGCAAAUCUUCGACAACGCCGUCAUCUCUGCAGGGCUGCUGGAGGAUCCGCGCUCAAUCGUCGCGCGUUUGAACAACAUCAUGGCCCGCAUGGUGGAGAAUGUGCCGGAACCGACGGCGGACAAGUAA